AUGGAAGAGAACGAGCGCGGCAGCAGAGACGAGGCGGAUCGCCACGAGUCGGCGGAAUCGAACAGAGCCAUCCUGCCGCUGCUGCAGGUGCAGGGCAUCGCGCAGAACCCGCACCGGGUCACCAACUUCUUCAUCGACAACAUCCUGAGGCCGGACUUCGGACGCAAAAAAGACACCGGAGCGAUCCAGCAGCACCAGCACCGGCGCGGGGAGAAGCGCCUCGGCAGUCCCGCAGCGCCUCAGACAGAGCCGGUCGGCAGCACGGUGCCCACGGAGGGCACCUCCACGCCCCACGCGGACACCGGCGCAGCCAUAACCGCCGAGGAGCCCUUGAAAGCCCGCGCGGAGAGCGGAGACCAGUGCCUAAGCUCGGACUCGGACAGUUCCCAAGCCAGCGCCAACGCAGCCCCGGUCCAGCAGCCCAUGCUGUGGCCCGCCUGGGUGUACUGCACCCGCUACUCGGACAGGCCCUCUUCAGGUCCCAGAUCCCGUAAACCAAAGAAGAAGAGCACCAGCAAGGAGGACAAACGACCGCGCACGGCCUUCACCGCCGAGCAGCUGCAGAGACUCAAGACCGAGUUCCAGACCAACCGCUACCUGACCGAGCAGCGGCGCCAGAACCUGGCCCAGGAGCUGGGCCUGAACGAGUCCCAGAUCAAGAUCUGGUUCCAGAACAAGCGGGCCAAAAUCAAGAAAGCCAACGGGGGCAAGAACACGCUAGCCCUGCACCUGAUGGCGCAGGGCCUCUACAACCACGCCACCGUCACCAAGGACGACAAAUCCGACAGUGACUGA